CCUCUGGAUCUAGUUCUAAGUCCAGCUCUGGAGGCUAUGACUACCAGUUUGUGGAGGAGCCCUCUGAUGACCUCAAGUGUCUGAUUUGCCUGUGUGUGGCCAGGGACCCUCAACAACAUGGGGACGGGGGCUGUGGGAAAAUAUUCUGUACUACAUAUAUCUGUAUUGACAAGUAUAAGACGAGAAAUGACAAGUGCCCAAACUGUCGAAAAGUUAUAACUACCUUUAAAGAUGAAAGAAGCAAUAGGGACAUCCAGUCAUUGAGAGUUAAAUGCACCAAUCGUAACGACGGCUGCCAGUAGAUGGGUGAGCUACGACAUGUGGACGAGCACCUCAACACCUGCGACUAUGUCAAGCUUGAAUGCCCUAAUGAGUGUGUGUUUGAUGAAGCGACACAAUUCCUUCGUAAAGACCUCCAAAAACAUCUCAAAGAGGAGUGUCCAUGUCGUCAGUACAGCUGUCCCCACUGCAAAGAAACUGAUAAGUACGAAUAUAUCACUGGAGAGCAUAUUGAAGACUGUCCCAAGAUGAUCAUUGAGUGUUCCAAUGCUCCUCACUGCAAGACAACGUUUCCAAGAGAAACUAAACACGCCCAUCUCUCCACCUGCCAGUAUCAAGAGGUGGCUUGCAAAUACAGUGAGUUUGGGUGCGAAAAGAUGCCAUUUAGAAAAGAUCUCCAAGAACACGAGAAUGAUGACAAUGCACACCUCCGUAUUGCCAUGACAACAGUGCUGACGCUAAAGAAACAAUGCAUGCUAAAUACACAGUUACAAUGCUCUCACAUGAAGGAUCAGCUUAUUAAGAUAUUCAAGAUGCCCUCUUUUAAAGAAAAACAAACAAACAAUAACGAAUUUUUCAGUGAUCCAUUCUACACACACCCCAGAGGAUACAAAAUGGUUAUCUGCAUUGAUCCAAAUGGUUACGAUAAUGGCUACGAUGAGUACAAAGGCACUCAUGUCUCAGUGUGGGUUUAUCUAAUGAGGGGAGAAUAUGAUAAUCAACUCGAGUUCCCAUUCAAAGGCACUAUCAAGUUUGAGCUACUCAAUCAGCUGGAGGACAAGAACCACCAUUGUGAAUCAUACACACAUAAUGGCACAGAAGAUUGUAGCAUGAGAGUAAUCGAUGGAGAGAGGUCUAAUGGUGCACAAGGUGUGCAAGAUUUUAUUUCUCACAAAGAACUUGGACACAACGCCACCAAGAACUGUCAGUACCUCCAGGAUGACUGUCUAGUGUUUCGAAUCUCCGUUGACGUACUAUCCUACAAGCAAUGGCUACUGUGCACCAACAACUAACUAGCUAACUAGCUAAUAAAUGCACACUUCUAGUACCUCUCUAACUUAUUAGCUGAAUACAGACAACGUAUAUACAUGUAUCUCAUACUCACAGUUGAUAUAGAAUGUUUUUGUGAUUUUAGU